CCACUGUUGCCGCUCGCCUCGCUUGCUCUCACUCAGAAGCGAGCCCGCCGCUGUCGCAAACCUGGCCCUGGCCGCCAAGUGAGGCCGGGCGCGCGACAGCCCGGGCCAAGGGGAGGGGAGCGAGACGCGGGAUGCUUUACGGCCGAGCUUCUCUUCGUGUCGAGGCUUCUUUCUUCCACGUGGAGAGGAGGAAGCUCUUGCGCGGCCGCCAUGAAGCGACCCAAGUUGAAGAAAGCUAGUAAACGCAUGACCUGCCAUAAACGCUAUAAAAUCCAGAAAAAGGUACGAGAGCACAAUAAAAAACUCCGAAAGGAAGCAAAGAAACGGGGACACAGAAAACCCAAGAAAGAUGUAGGAAUUCCUAACGCAGCACCUUUUAAGGAGGACAUUCUUCGGGAAGCUGAACAGAGGAAACAAAGGCUUGAAGAACUGAAAAAACAGCAGAAACUUGAACGGCAGAAAGUGCUGGAAAAGAAACGCAAGCAAGACGGUAAUAAGGAUGCCAGUAAAGAAAAGCAAUGUGAAAAGGAAUCAACCUCAAAGCCCAAAGCAAACCCAGAGCAGCAAAUAGAUAAAAGUUCAAAGAAAUUUUUCUGCAAGGAACUUAAAAGGGUGAUUGAGGCUUCUGAUGUACUGCUGGAAGUUUUAGAUGCACGAGAUCCUCUAGGCUGUCGGUGCCCACAGGUAGAACAAUUUAUCAUUCAGUCAGAUGGAGGCAAACCAUUGCUGUUGGUUUUAAACAAAAUUGAUCUAAUACCAAAGGAAAACUUAGAGAAAUGGUUGCAUUAUUUAAAUCAGGAACUUCCAACCGUUGCGUUUAAAUCUGCAAUGCAGAGAAAAGACAGAACAAUGGGGAAGUGGGUCACUAAAAAAGGCGCUGCAUAUAUUGAUCUGUCAAGGGCCAGCCUGUGCUUUGGGGGUGACUGUCUGUUAAAACUUCUUCAAGAGUAUAGUGUGAUGAAAGAGAAAGUUAUACAGGUUGGCGUAGUGGGUUUUCCCAAUGUCAGGAAAAGCAGCGUUGUCAAUAGUCUGAAAGGGGCACGUGUCUGCAACGUGGGACCUAUGAGAGGCCUUACAAAGUGCAUGCAGAUUGUUCACGUUGACAAACAGAUCAGGAUGUUAGAUAGUCCUAGCAUUAUUGUGGCACCUUCCUGCUCUUUUCAUUCACUGGCACUAAGAAGUACAACAGAUGUUGAUUCUGGAAACCUAUUUGAUUCAGUAGAUUCACUUCUGAAGCGCUGCAGCAAACAGCAGAUCAUGAUGUAUUACAAUAUUCCAGACUAUAGAAACCCUUUGGAGUUUUUAACACUACUAGCUCAGAAGAGAGGAAUGCUGAAAAGGGGAGGUGUUCCUAACACAGAAGGUGCAGCUAAAUUGGUGCUGUGUGACUGGACAGGUGCCAAAAUGAGUUGUUAUUCGCGACCCCCUGCAUCAUGGACCCCGUCACCACACCUUUCCGCUGAAGCUUUAGCAGCAGUGAAACAAGCUUUUAAUUUUGAUGAUCUCGAAGAAGAUAACAAAAGCACCUUGAAAGACAUACAUAGUGGAGUAAAUAUUUUAAUUGGGACUGAUAGUGAACUUCUUUCUCCAACUCUUUCCUAA